AUGGCUCUGACUGGUCUAAACCGCUGUACCUACGCGCUGUGCUUAGCCGUGGUGCUGGACGCGGUGGGAUUGGUGACCUUGCUGGUGGGUAUCUUCGGGAACCUGCAGUGGGGGGGUCGUGACUACGGGGACAUGCUGAUCUACACGGGGGCCAUUGUGGUCUUCGCCAGCCUCAUCGGCUGGGUCUUCUGGUACACCGGCAACAUUGAGAUCACCUGGGAGGAGCUUGGCAACGACUACCACCCCAGGGACACCAAACUCCAGCGCAUCGUCCGAAAGAUCUCCCGCAGCAUCUCCAUGAGGAACGGUGAAGGCCGGAUAACCAGGGCAGGAACGACUCGGGAUAUCAGCCCACACCCCAAGAGGGGGGACAGGGGCCAUCAGGAGGAGCGAGGGAGCAAGGCUGAAGAGCCUCAAGGAGGCCGCGCCAUGGAUUAA